AUGGAAGAAAAGAUAACCUCUGCUAAAUGUGAUAUGUUUUACCUGUGUGAUGUCUUCGAAAAGCUCAGUUUGUUAAACAAACAACUACAGGACAAGAAUUGUGACCUUUUUUCAAGCAAGAUUAUUACAGGGUUUCUUGGAAAAGUCAACCUGUAUGCCACCAAUAUUGGACGUCGAGAAUUCGCCCAGUUUUCCUCUUUGGCAGCAGUUAGUGAUGAAUUGAAAGAUGAUGAAAUAAUUGUGUAUGUGGAUCAUUUGAAGCAGCUUUAUAAUGAUAUGGAAGUUUGUUUCCAUGAUCUGCUGGACAUGGAUAUUCCGGCCUGGGUAGUUGAUCCAUUUGCUGUGAAUGCUGCUGACGUUGAUGUUUCUUUGCAAGAAGCGCUCAUAGAGCUACAGAGGGACAUAGCAGCCAAAUUAACUUUCAGUCAAGAAAAACACCAUUUUUGGAUAAAGAUUCUCUUCUCGUUGCUGUUUUUUGCCACACUGCAAAGCUGCAUUGGUGAUUCCUUCCCUCUGGAAAAGUGCUUCAAAGAGGCUGAUUAUGAGGAAUUUCUAGAGAUAGCCAGAAAUGGCCUAAAGAAGACAUCCCAGCCAAGGCGUGUAGUGAUCGUGGGCGCAGGAGUGUCAGGGCUCAGCGCAGCCUAUGCUCUCACAGAAGCUGGGCACGAGGUGACCAUUCUUGAAGCCAGCGAGUGCGUGGGAGGACGGGUCCAGACCUAUCGCAAUGAGAGAGAAGGCUGGUAUGCAAAUCUGGGGGCCAUGCGUUUGCCUGAGAGCCACAAGAUUGUCCGUGAAUAUGUUAAAAAAUUUGGCCUACAGCUGUCAGAAUUCAUUCCGUCGGAUGAUAAUGCCUGGAUUUUGCUUAACAACAUCAGGAAGAGAGUCUGGGAGGUGAACGAGGACCCCAGCCUCUUGAAUUACGAUGUGAAGCCCUCGGAAGAAGGCAAAACUGCUGAGCAGCUGUAUCAUGACUCCCUCACAACGGUUAAAGAAGAGGUUAUGAGGACAAACUGUACCUACACACUAAAUAAAUAUGACACCUUCUCAACCAAGCAGUAUUUAGUCAAGGUAGCAAACCUGAGUCGUGGAGCAGUCCAGAUGAUUGGGGACAUAUUAAACGAAGAUGCCGGGUAUUACCUGUCAUUCAUUGAGAGCUUGAGAGGCGAGGCUAUCUUCUCUGCUAUAAAGAGAUUUGAUGAAAUAGUUGGAGGCUUUGAUCAGCUGCCGAAAGCCAUUUACAGAACCCUUCCAGAAAUGGUGUAUUUCGAUGCCAGAGUGGUCCAGAUAGAGCAGAGUGCUGACUCUGUCACUGUGUUCUAUCAAACGGCAGCCGAACCACUGCUAAAGGUGACAGCCGAUUACGUCAUUGUCACCUCCACGGCAAGGGCCACGCGGCGCAUCCAUUUCAAACCACACCUCUCACCUAACAAAAUGGACGCCUUGCGAUCUAUCCACUACAGGAGUGCUGCCAAAGUCUUACUUGCCUGCACUGAGAAGUUUUGGGAAGCUGACGGCAUUCAUGGUGGGAAGUCCAUAACUGACCGUCCAUCCCGAUUCAUCUACUACCCCAACCACAACUUCUCUAGUGGCUUUGGUGUUAUCUUGGCUUCCUAUGUCCAAAAUGACGACUCGCGUUUCUUCCUGUCCCUCAGCCAUGACGACAUUAUUAGUAUCAUUAUGGAUGACCUGUCAGCCAUCCACCAGCUGCCCAAAAGAAAGAUCCAGGCUCUCUGUCGCUCCUCAGUCAUAAAGCAGUGGAGCCUGGAUAGAUAUGCCAUGUGUGGCUUUGCUUCCUUCACCCCCUAUCAGUUUGUGGAUUAUAGCGAAGAACUCGCUAGGACAGAAGGCCGAAUCCAUUUUGCCGGGGAACAUACCUCCAAGCUCCACGGAUGGCUGGACACCACAAUAAAGACAGGGCUGAGGGCAGCAAGGGAUAUAAACCUUGCUGCUGGGGGGCAGCAGUCUGAAAGUAAACCGAGUGGCAAAGAGGAACUUUGA